AUGGGAGCGACCACGAAGAUCGCAUCACUGAAGGUGCUGUUCAUCGUGUUGGACUGCAUCGUUACGGCGACAAUCGUGUACACGCUGAUCACUGAUGGCCUCCCAUCCCGGAAGGAUCUUCUUAUGCCGUGAGUUGCCUCCCCCUGUCUGCAGAUUCGAGAUGCUCUGGCUCGUAUUCUGCUGGGUUUUCUCGUCCUGGUCACCGAAUUCGGACUUUUUCUCUUGAUUCUAUGCUAUCUUUUUUAGUUUACAAUUUCUGUGUAAUUCUCCACGAAUAUUUUUGUUGGAAAAGCCUGUCUAUUGGAAUGAAAUUGGGGUUUUCCCGUUUUUGUUUCUUUACUUUCUUUAUGUGGAUUUAUAUGGAAAGCUUUUCCAGGUGGAUGACAGCAACGUUGAUUGAUUUCUAUAUUAUCGUCGUGCCUAUCGCGGUAACUUUCAACUGCCCUGUGUACCUUUUACCGUGAUCUACAUUUAUGGUUUUAGAUCCUUUUACGCGUGAAUAAACAUAAGUUCUGCGUUUGGCAGAAAGCUCAGGUUUGGUGAUUUUACAGUAAUGAUAGUAGUAAAUUAGCACUGCAUGUUACCAGAGUAUAAUCAGUAGCAGAUGUGAUGUUGGUUGUUAUGGAGUGAGGAAUGUGGUCAUUCUGUGCGUACAACACCUGCUAUGAAAUAUGCUUAGUAUGGGUAUCAUCAUGUCCUUUGGAAAUGCAUCCAUUCGUGUCAUUACGGUUUUCCUUGUUCAAACCAUUUCUAACUCAUUUUCAAUAGAAACGUGUCGAAAGUCAGUACAGAAAAAUAUGCAUAUUUGAACCUCCUUAACGCCACAGUCACCUCUGGUAUAAUUACCAAUUUUUUUCUCAGAAAGGUCAGAUAUGAGAAAUUGGAAUUUUAUAUUACAGGCUUUAAUUUGGUGGACUUCACGGCAUAUAGGACUGAGAAUUUUAUUUUUUUUCGGGCCAUAGCUAUGCAAAUAAGUACUCAGCUCCUCAAUAUAUUGAAUUGAAAAACUGUUUAUUUACAAAUUAGUUCUCAUCUUCUACAUGUUGUGUAGAAUUGCAUACUUUCGACAUAUUUGUCGGCUCAGUGGAGUGACUCUACUUGAAGGGUAUUUCUUAUUUUUAUAACAUAUCAUUGAUUCAAGGAGUGAGUUUUUAUCAUAUUAACCAAGAACGCCACUAAUUGAUUUACUGUGCUUCUUCUAUCUAGUUGAUCCUUGGUUCAUAGAAAGAGUAUGUGGGCCUCAUUUCUGGUAUUUGUUUUGUUCCCAGAUCUGGGUUGCCUGCAAGGAAUCAAGUUGGAUUAGCAGAUGCGUAUGGAUCAUUUUGUUGAUAUGCCCUGGCAGGUUUGGUGUUUUUUUGUCUUCCUGUUUUUUCGAUUAAUUUUUAAAAUAAAAAAGUUGGAUUUUAACUAUCCUUGUCGCUUUGUGUUACAUUCUUAAUCUUGUUGAAUUCCUGCUUUCCAAUUCUGGACAAUGUUUUCGUUCUCAUUUUAUAAUGUAAAUUGAAACCUUUAUUAGUUGGUAUUCCCAGCUUGUGACUGUUUUUGUCCUUCUAUAAUGGGUCUGUUUGCUCACUUUUGAAAAUAUUUAACCGGAAGAGCCGAGAAAUGGUCCCUAUCUAUUUCACAUCGACUGUUUCACUAUUUACCUGACAGUGUCCCUCUUAUCCGCUUCACAUUUUGGUUCAAUAAAUGUCGCUCAUGUCGUUUUUACCGUUUCUGUGGGCAUCCUCAAUGGGCCUGUUACUGACGAUGCCUUUAUAUUUUCAGCAUUACCACAUGCACAUACAUUCUGUUGAAACUUUUCAAAGAGUCACCUCAAGACUCAACAAAGGAACCAAUCUACAGUUUUUUACAGAAUCGUAGUGUCAGGUAAGUCAGAAUCAUUGCUAUUUGAGGGGCCAAAUAUAGCAUUGUCAUUGUUUACAGUAUCAUCUUAUAGUAUUUCAAUCUUUAUUCGCCUAGGUUUCCACUCACUGACUUGGGAUUUAACUGUGUUGGGUACAUUCUUCCUGAAUAUUCAGAUUAUUAAUCAAUGCAUCGUUAAAUAUUUGCAGGGAAAUAGAUGCUCGACCAUUAGUGGUCGUAAUCCGCAUGUUUUACAUUGAUUAUCAGAUCAUUUUUAGUUUUUUUAUUUCAUGAAAUUUAAUAAAUUUAAAACAUUUUUUUUUCUGAGUAUUUAAAAGCUUUAACAUCAUUAUUUCGACCCUUCUUUUAAGGGCUUAUACCAAAAACAUGGGGUAUGCCUAACUGAAAGAAGAAUUUCAAUAAAGUUUCAUGUAGAUUAACUGUAAGCAGAUAUUUUAUUAUAAUAUGGGCAUGAAGAGAAUAACCCUUGAGAAGCUAAAAAUGAAGUUUCGUUCCCUCUAUUAUUUUCCACAACAUUGAUUUUUAUAUGAAUUUAAUGAUUCAAUUUUUAUUGUCAAUUACUGUAUAUCGAACAGUAGUUUUUCAUGGAUAAAGAUUUAGUCCUGUGUUCUUCUUCCUAUAUUUACAUAAUAAUAUCAACCUUACAUAAUUAGAUACCCUAGCCAAUGUCUGGAACUUAAUGACGCAGUCUUGAGCAUUGUUACGAACAAGUUUUCUUCUUGGGCACUUGUAUGGGGAUUGCAUGAUAUUCGUUUAACUUUGAGAUUCAGUCUCAGAGAUACGAAAUUGAAUGAAAGUCCAGAAUUCUUUGGCCUGAAUGAAUACUUUUCUCGAAGUGACAGUUUCGUCAGAAUCUUUAUAAUAUGCGAGUCUUCAGGGAAAAAAAGAGCAUUGCAGAUUGACAUAAUAGAAGACAUUAGCCGGUGCCUUUUAUUUCACAAAUCAUCAAGGAUAAUAAUUAACAGUGAAUUUUUCCAAUCUCUUUGUGGUCUUAAAACAAAUACCAAGAAAAAGAUUUCGAAAAGUUUUGCAUCGCAGUUAUCAAUACAGAGUGCUUGAUUUUCUGUUCCCUUGUCCAGGAAUGGGAAUGGUAGAGGGUUUUCUUCCGUUGUGGUUGGAAGAAUCGUGUUUGCGAUGUUGGCCUGCCUCAUGUUAGCUACGCUCAUCUAUACUUGCCUCACUGAUGGUUCACCUUUUCGCAAAGAGCUACUGACUCCGUAAGCUUCCCUUCACUUAAAGUCUUUCAGUGUUCUAUUUUUCCACUACGUGGGUCAUUUCUCGGCUUCUAUUUUUCAUGAAUCUUGCACUAUCACCACGCCAUCAAAACGUCCAAGCUUGGAAAUAAAAAUGGCUUGGAUCCAGAUAAAUAUAUGAACAACAGAUGCCAUUUUUAACCUGAAAUUUCUGCCAGCAUUUUAUGUUUACCCCUGCAUUCUAAACAGGGAUGAUUACAAAAGAGUUUAUCAGAAAAGAGAAUAGCAUCUGGGUGAGCAAGAGAAUGGCAACUGCGAUUAAGUAAAAUGAUGAUUGACAUGAUUUGACAUUAAUCGACGAACUUUAAAUCAAAAUAAUUCAAAAUUACACUCGUCCAGCUUUAGAUCAUCCUCUUCUUGUUCACACCUACAUUACCUAAGUCGGCGUUGCGUGCAUGCAGGUGGAUGACAGAACUCCUGGUUCAGUUCUAUGUCAAUGUUGCAGCCAUAGCGGUGUGCCACACUCAUCUGAAUCUGAUUUCCUUCUUUCUACGAGAAACGAUCACCAUUAGAACUACUAGAACUAUAUUAAAUCAUUGGCUGUCCAUGUCUAAUGAUCUUCCCUUAAUGGUGCCCUCAGGUGUGGGUCACAUACAAAGAGUCAACCUGGACGAGCGCCCUCAUUUGGAUCAUCUUCUUCAUAUGCUUCGGAAGGUCCACGCUCCUCCCGCCUGCUCGAACCAUCUUUCCGAAGCAAAGACUUCUGCUCACUAACUCCUUGUUUAAUCCAUCUCAGCGUAACCACAUCUACUUACAUGGUGAUUCAACUGCUCAAGCUCUCACCCGAAGACCCGUUCGACCGCGUCUUCACGGAGGCUGAACAGAAGCAAGUGGGUUCCCCUCCGCGUUAG